AUGUAUGUGUCAUUGAUAUUAUCCUCGCUGCUCGCCAGCGCGGCCUUGACGAGCGCGACGGCCAAUUCUACCUGGGCGGCUUGCCAAUAUCCUCGCGCUCAGGGUUCACAACUCGACCAGUGCCCCAACGGCACGCUCUACGUAUCGCAGACCGAUCCUCAGGCCGGGUUCGGGCAGGUGAGUCGAGCGUUGGAUUCGUCUCACGUCAUCCUCAUCGGGCCCGGAAACUACCACGAAGUCAUCAACGUGACACGCCAAGGACCACUGACAUUGCUGGGAGUGACAUCGGACCCAUAUGACUGGCGUAACAACCAAGUCCACGUCUGGAAUUCCUCUUUCAUCAACCAGACCACGCAGGCCGUCGGCGAGGACAAUGCGGAUGCCAUGGUCCUCACCGUCUCGCCGAACCGGAACGCUUCAUUGAUCGGAGCAGGUCCUGCAGGAGCGCCUUUACAACCGGAGUUCGGGAAUAUCGAUUUCAGGGUGUAUAAUCUGGAUUUCGCAAAUCGGGCGACGGUGGGUGGUCGCGAGUUUAUGGGACAGACAGGACCGUCGGGGGCCGUCAGCGUUUCAUAUACCAAUGCGAGCUUUUACGGAUGUUCUUUCUUUUCCUGGCAAGAUACUCUGUACGUCGGGAGAAACGGGAGCGCGUUGUUCUACGGAGGAGAGGUCCGAGGCGAGACCGACUACCUGUAUGGAUUCGGGACGGCAUGGUUCGAGAAUGUCACCAUGGCAAACCGAGGGAACGGCGGAGCUCUGACGGCAUGGAAAGGCUCGACCGGUAUCAUCACGGACGAGGUCAACACGUACGGCGUGUACCAGGCGAAUGGCAGGAUCGUCCGAGCUGAAGAUGCGCCUGAAGACCUGAAUUUGACGCGUUCUUGUGCGCUCGGAAGACCCUGGAACAACGCCUCCAGGGCAGUCUAUCUGAACACGUACAUGUCCGAUAUCGUCCUGCCCCAAGGGUUCAUCGAGUGGUCCGCCAAAGAACCUCGGAUCGUACCGGGAUUGACCGAGUUCGUAGAGGUCGGAUCGUAUGGCCCGGGAUUCCAGCUCGAGCAGAGGAAUCAGAGCGUGGGCGAGGUCGCAAACGGGAGCGCGUAUACGGUCGAGUCGGUAUUCGGGGGGAUGCCUGCCUGGGUGGAUUUGGGGACUGUCGUGUUUGGCAAAGGCUCGAGCGCGAGUAGUUGA